AUGGCUUCCAGGCAAGCAGCAGGAGCCCGCCCGGGCGCAAGAUUUGCCCAGUUUAAGCUUGUCCUUCUUGGAGAGUCCGCUGUUGGAAAGGUUUGGGAUACCACUUGCGAUCUUCUUUUAUCAGCCGCUGACUUGACCGCUAUCUUCCAGAGUUCACUAGUCCUCAGAUUCGUUAAAGACCAAUUCGAUGACUAUCGCGAGUCGACGAUCGGAGCGGCCUUUCUGACACAGACCAUCUCCCUCGAUGAUACUACCACAGUCAAGUUUGAAAUCUGGGAUACCGCUGGCCAGGAGCGGUAUAAAUCGUUGGCCCCGAUGUACUAUCGCAAUGCCAACUGCGCUGUGGUUGUCUAUGACAUCACUCAAGCUUCGUCGCUAGACAAAGCCAAAUCUUGGGUGAAAGAACUCCAGCGCCAAGCGAAUGAGAACAUUGUGAUCGCCUUAGCAGGCAACAAGCUUGAUCUUGUGACUGAGAGCCCUGACAAGCGAGCAAUCCAAGAGGCCGAUGCUGAGGCCUACGCACGUGAGGCGGGCCUACUUUUCUUUGAAACCUCUGCCAAGUCCUCGACGAAUGUCAAGGAGCUAUUCACCGCCAUCGCCAAGAAACUACCUCUGGAUCAGGCCGGUUCUCGUAACUUGCGGGCGACACCUCGCCCCGGCGUUGACUUGCGGCCAGAGGCCCCUGGAACUCAGGGUGCCGCAUCGUUCAACGGUGGUAUUACUCUGUGA